CCUUUGCUGGGUCACAGGAAGUCCAGAAGCAUCUUCGGGGGUGUCGUUUAUUCUGUAUUAUUGGCAGGUUAUGCUGCAUUGGCCGUUGGAGCUCCAUGGAUUUUCCAUCCAAUUCAGAGAUAUACUUUACAACUGCUUUGCAGCUGCGAUGUUAUCCUUCUAGUAGUUGCAGGUUUUAUACCGCAACUUUGGCCCGCCUUUUUCAGCAGUAUUUCGUAUACCAGGUUCAGAAGAUUCGCUUACAGGGUUAUUAUAGUUUUAGCCAGAAGUUGAAGCAUAUAGUUCGCCUUCCAUUUGCAACUAUUGCGUAUGGAACUGCUGCAAUGCUACUUGUCACGGUUUGGAGACCCCACAUCAGUAUUCUUUCUAUCUCAACGAUAUUAAGGAUAAUUAUGGCAGUUGAAGCAGUAUGUGCCGGAUCAUUUAUGAGUCUCUAUAUUGGUUACGUGUACCAAUACAACUCGUUAAAUUCUCAGCCUGACAUCUUGAAGUCAUUGUAUUCUCCACUACAACCAUCAAGUUCAUUGGAAGGUUUGAGGUAUUAUGAUGCUGGUAGGCUUUCUGAUCAGCAAAUGGCUUUGCUGCAAUACCAGCGCGAAAACCUUCACUUUUUGAGCGAAGAGAUUCUUCGAUUGCAAGAGUGCUUAAGUAAAUAUGAACGCUCUGAUGAUGGGAGCACACCUCAGGUUGAUCUUGCUCAUUUGUUGGCAGCUCGUGAUCAAGAACUACGGACGCUUUCUGCUGAGAUGAAUCAGCUACAGUCUGAACUGAGGCUUGCUCGGUCAUUGUUAGCUGAGAGAGACACUGAAAUACAACGCGUGCGGACUACCAACAACCAGUAUGUAGAAGAGAACGAAAGGUUGAGAGCAAUCUUAGGAGAGUGGAGUACGAGAGCAGCAAAGCUUGAGCGAGCAUUAGAGGCUGAGCGAAUGUCCAAUCUUGAGUUGCAAAAGAAGAUCACAAUCCUCACAAAACAAUCACACGUACAAGCUGAACCAACUGAGCAACGAGGACCUUAAUUUAAUUUCAUGUGUUUAUACAAGAAUUUUAGCCGAAAGAACAAAUGAAGCAAGAAGAAUCACACUGAUCAGAUGUGUAUAUAUCGGUUUAUGAAAAGCACUUCUUUCUUGGGCUGGCAAUCUUGAACAUAUUGUUCUCGACUUCUCACAUUUUUGGCAUAAUGAUCAUUGUUCAUUCGUUGUAUUAUAGAUAAUUCCGCGCAUGAUAAGAU